AUGGCUGAGCUGGCAGAUGCCUGGGAGGCGCACACGCGCAUCCCCCCGGAGAGGUGGUGCAUCACGAAGCUCGAGUUCAUCGAAUUUGUGGUGGACGUCCGCUCCGCUUGGGCCAAUGGGAGGGUCCCGGACAACGAGGCGAUGCCGAAUCCACGGCACCACGACGCCAAGCACGGGCCCAACCUCUACCAGGUCAACGAGCACUUCGUGAAGCCGUUGACAUUGGCUGCCGGGGGCAUGUCUUACGCACUGAUGAAGCAUCCGGAAGGUUUGGACUGCGAGGUUUUCGUCUCGCACUCGUGGUGCGAAGGCCUGUUCCAGCUGAGCAACAGCAUUCGGCGUGCCUGGCCGCAGCUGGAGGUGCGCAGGAACUUGUACUGCUGCCUGUUGGCGAACCCACAGAACUUGGACAUCUCGUCGCUGCUGGAUGUGGCGCCGGAGCACAGUCCUUUCGCGAAGGCUUUGCAGCAGGCUUCCCAUUUGCUGGUUGUGCCGAAUUCCACGGUGGGAGUCUACUCGCGGCUGUGGUGCGUCUAUGAAGCCUACUUGGGAUCGGUCUUCAAAAAGACGUACCUCCUGCCGGUGAAGCCGCGAAAUUCGGCGAGGAAGCGCGUGAUGAUCAGGACGGUGCUACUUCCCAUCAUUCUAGGGUUGCUUUUGGGACUCCUUUGGGAAGUCGUGCGGAAGCAGUUUACCAGGGAGAUAGAGACCAAGGUUCUUCUCUGGAGCUGCUUCAUUGAGUGGGCAUCCCUGGGCAUCCUACUUAUGGCAGCCGCCAAUGUAGUUUCGGGCCCAGAUGGCGAGUUCACCACGUGCAUGGCCGUGAUUUACUACCUCUUCAUCUUCUUCGUUGUUCUCGGCCCAUGGGCUACUGGACGUCUAGACUUUCCAGGCUGGUCCCUUGUGAUGCCUUGGUUUCACGCGACUUUGGGCUACGAGUACUGGUAUGUCUUCCUUUUGCACUUCGGCGUGCCGGGCAACAUGGCCGUGAUAUCGACCGCCUGCGUGGCAUUGUUCGGGCAGGUAUACCUCGAGGGUGAGGAACUACUGCUUCAAAGGGAAAUGUUGCACUUCGACUCGGUGCGAAAUGCCCGGUGCUCCAACCCCAGGGACGAAGAGCGGAUCCGCUGGGCAAUCGAGGGCAAAGAAUCGGAGGUGGACGCCGUCAUCCGGAUCUUGAGCAUAGCAGGCGCGUACAAUGAGAACCUUCGACGUGAGUGGGACGAGGGGAUCGAGAUCAGCGGAUCAGGAUUUACGGAUCUCACCUGUAACACCAUCUGGGCCAUGUUCAUUUGGGGUGCCUCGGCGGCUGCGGCGGUCGCCGAUGCCAUUUUGUGGCCAGACCUGGCACCGUGGAUGUCCUGUGCUUCUGCGGUGGUGUGCUUGGCGACGAUGAUUGCUAUUCCCUUCACGAUCAGGUUUCUUUGCACUCGAGGACCGGACCGAGCUGUGUUUGCUCUCCGCAUUUGGAUUCAGUGCGCUGUCGUUUCGAUGAUCGUGCCAACAGUGGUGGCGUUUGCCCAAGGUUUCCAUGAAGCCACGUGUUUGUCACUGACAGCGCUCUUUUCCGACGACUUCGACAAGGCAGUGCAGGUUCACCCCUCGAAGCUGACGGCCACCUCCGUGAGCGUCUCGCGAUUCUUCUUCGCUGCUGCGGGCGCUCUUUGUGCUUUUCACGGCCCUGCGAGCUGGAAUCGGUACUGGCUGGCAGGCAUUCGAAAACGUCGGUCGAAGACUCUGCGCACAGAAGAGCUGCAAGGCGAGGGCACUAGCCAGGAAUCAUCCGAGGUUUCAGAGAGCAGUGGAGACAGCUCGCCGGAGCGACCUUCGGUGAUGGCGCAAUUUUCACGCCUUUGCAGCUUCAAGGUCUGA